AUGACAAUCUCUGCUCGAAAUACUAGCUCAGAAACCACCAAACAGACAACUCUACAAAAAGGGCAAUCAUCGAGUGAAAGCGAUUCGGAUGACUCGAGUGAGGACGAGAUAUCAGACUCAAGUAACCCAGACCCGGAUCAAGAGCCUCCACUCAGGCUUGUUUUCCGUCCUCAGCCAUCACAAAAUUCAGAUGCGGAACAAGAAGCGCCCACUGAAAAGCAGUCUCAAAAGAGCAGAGUAAUCGAAGUCGAGAAAGAUGAGAGUGUUGAGGAAGAUGGCGGUGCUGAGGGGUCGUCCGCUGUGAGCGGGGAAGAUGAGGAUGAUGACUGCAUCAGUGUCUCGUCUGACUCUUCAGUCGAAUCUAUAGAGAAAGCCACCUUCCGUCCCUCUGUCAAAUCUUUCACAAAUUUACUGAAACGCAUACGCCAGCAAUUACGUGAAUACCAGCAAACAAAUGUCCUAGCCGAUUUGAGGCAGGCAACUAUCGACGCCAGGAAGUAUUCUGGUCCCAAGCUCGACCCAAGUCUCCCAUACCCUUUCAAGACACUCACCGAGGAGAGACGGAGAGGGUGGGAUCCAGACGCAGAGGAAAACAAGGAUGUGGAGGUAAUUCCAGCACCUCAAAAGUGGGAUCACACCGGCUCGAUAAUCCUGCCAAAAGCCAAGUCCAUCGGCAGAGUCAAUUCAAGUUUUCUUGCGCCAAAUGUUCGGAUCGCCACACAUAGAGCCUACGAUGAUGAAGACGAGGACGAUCCGGACUCCAGCAUAAAAUAUGAAGAGUUCGAACUGCGCUACAAAACUGACUUCCAGGGGAUGGAGCAGCAACGCCUAUGCCAGGAGUUAAUAUACCUUUGGGAGCCCUGGGUCGAAGAACUAUUGAAGCGCCUCCGAAUCCAGAAGAGCGACGUCCUAUACUUCUUUACGCAAGACCAUUUUGAACCUGAUCGCCAAAUCGAGUUUAAAUGCUGUGAGGGGUCUCGAACGGCGUGGAGAACAGAACAGAAGAGUGUUUGCAACACAUGCAAACUGGCUGACCCACAGAGUCGCCAGAGCUAUCUUGGUGAAGGCUUCAAGCGUCUGCCACGGCCUGAUGACCGAAGCCUAGUUUUCGCAGGGCUAGCGGCUCGCGCCUUCCAUAAGAUGACAGGGUCAAGUCUGUGGCACAUUGCCCUUGGCAGUACAAUACAACCGCGAAAUAUGGACUCCGAGGCGGCCACGACGCAAGACCCCGGCUUCUGCUUAAUCUGUUUUCGCCACCAGUGUCCAGAUCACGGAUCCUACGAGGAGCCUCCCGACGAUGACGAAGGCCCGGAAACAUCCAGAGCCUUUAUAAACGACGAUGAAUCUGAUCGGAACGUACGAAAGUUCGUGUCGCUGCCUCGUGCCAAGCGUGACGUUGAAAAUAAGUCACAUAUAUGCGGAAUAUUCUGCGUAGAAUCGUCGACCAACUUGCGACAGAUACUCGGCCGACAGCUCAACGGGAAUAUCAGCGGAGAGAGUCGGCCGCCAGAAAACUACAUUAGGCCCAUACUAGCAGAUGAUCACUUGUGCAGUUCGUCGUGCUUCUGGGAUGUCACCAACCGCCGCGAUAUCACGGUAUCAGAAGUAGAAUUCCGCCCGUUUGUAUCGGAGUCACAAAAAAUCUCUGUCGAGAAGCUCAUGGGCUUCUACCUCUACAAUAAACGAGGCCCUUGCCUUAUCUCACGAGUGAUCAAGGAAGUAAGCUGCAUGAUGAUUUUCAAUCACAUCAUCUUCGCAAUAUUCAGAGUCAAGCAUCCUCCCAAUCCAUGCCCGAUAGCUACUAACACAAGUCCUACUCGGGGAGGUUCCAGCCAGAUGGCACGCGGGAAGAAGAAACCAGCGCAGAUAAUUGAUGUCUCCAGAAGUUCGGACUUAGAAAAGCGGGAGCCUUUUUUCCCUUGUUCCCAUGAGGGACCGUGCAUCAACAACCCGGCAUGCUCAUGCGCGACAAGCAAGGUACACUGUGAGCGGUUCUGCGGAUGUGACGAGUCAUGCAAACGACGCUUUCGGGGGUGCACCUGCAAAGCUGGCGGUAACAAGAUCUGCUUCGAGGACAACAGGUGCGAGUGCUGGAAAAUCAAUCGUGAAUGUGACCCCCAUCUUUGUGGCAGAUGUGGCGUGCUUGAAGUCCUGGAUUCUUUUAACAAGUACCGGGAUGACAUCCGAAAGGGCCGCUGUAGGAACAACCGUAUCCAGCUGGGCGUACCUGCCAACACCACCAGGGCUCCAAGCCAGGUCCAGGGCUAUGGACUCUACGCCCUAACCAACAUUCCAAGCGGGGACUUCAUUGGCGAAUAUGUCGGAGAGAUUAUCAGCAAAACGGAGGGCGACAGAAGAGGCGCGCUCUAUCAUCUCCGAAAUCAAGAAUAUCUCUUCGCCCUCAAUGCGACUCAGGAGAUCGACGCGUCCAAUCACGGCAACAAGAUGAGAUAUAUGAACAACUCGCUGAAAGAAGAGAACGUUAAUGUGGAGCCUAAAAGUCUGUGGUGCAAUGGACAGGCGCGGAUCGGGCUUUUUGCCAGGCGGCGUGUCAACGCGGGAGAAGAACUGUUGUGGACAUAUGGUUACAGUGAGGAACAUGUCAAGAAUUUUUGGGAGCCAGGAGAAAAGCCCGCAAGUGACCGAGCACUGCUCCCAUAUUCGGCGGAACGUGUCACACGGACCACAGGAACAGAUAAGCUAGCAAAGGCAACCGGCGACAACGCUCGAGAAGAUCGCAGCAGCCAGUCUCGUGUGCUACGUCAGCAACUGAAGCGUAGGAGAGAGGAUGGCCAGAGCACUGGGGCAGGUUCAGGCGCCGAUGAAGAAGCAGCACACAGCUCAACGAACGGCUCCACGGGCGGGCCAGCAGACGAGGCGACGCAAGAUCCACCAAUUGAAGAUGCGGAGGAUUCAGAUUAUGAGGCUAGGGGUCAUGUAUCGGAUGACGGUGACCUGGGGGAGGACGAGCGGGAUGUGGAGUCUGAUCUUGACGGGUCCCGGAAAAGAAGGACCAAGGUGCAACAGCGCAACCGGACUAGCAAUAAUGGGGCGGGUGAGAGAUGGAGGACGUCAGGGGCCAAGGACAAGAGAGGACGAGAGAGAGCACGCAACCACAAGCAUGGGAAAAGGAAGGCAGAAUUCUAG